AUGCCACCAUCUACAGCAAGACAACGCAACAAGCGCGCGCUCGAAACCACAGGAGGUGUCUCACGGCCACCCGCAGCUCGAGGCAAAAAGCGAGGAGCUCCCGAAUCAUCCAAGCUCCAAUCACUGCUCUACGUCUUCCUUGCAACGACAGUCCUCCUAGUCGGAUACCAAGUCGCACGGUUCUACUACCGCAAUCAUGCGGCUCUCUCACCGCUCUCGGCUUGGACUAAAGCCAAGUAUGGCGCACAGGAUCGUGCCAAUGUGGUUGGCGCACCUAUUCAAACCGAUGGAAGAACAAAGUUCAACAAGCUUUCUCCUGAGGGAGCUGUUCCUGGAGCACCUGCUCUGGUUCCUGGACAGGAAGCCACCGACUCUUUGGACGAGCUCAGAAAGAGGCUCGGGACCGAGGGUGAACUCGAUGCCCAGUUUGACGAGGAUGGAAACCUGGACCUAGCGACGAUUCAGCGUAUGUUGGAUAUUCUGUACAAGCCAGCGAAGGAUGGAGCGAAAGGAGCGGCAAAGGCUGCGGGUCGGGUGUUGGAAGCUGUCACGGAGGAUGAGGUGGAUGCGGAUGCAGCUGAUGCGGCUGAAGUUGCGGAUGAGUCUGGGCCUUGA